ACCCAAAUUUUGAAUUAAGAAUCCCCCACCUCCAUAAAACCAUGGCGGCCAAUUAACCCUUUUUUUCAAUUAAUUUCAUUAUUUAUAUACACGCCGAGCUGUAUAUAUACACACACACAGACAUCAACAGGGAAUUUUAUAAAAGGUGUCGGUGCUUUUGGAUUAUCUUUUCGUCUGCCGAUUUCCCCCUUUCCUCACUUUCUACCCUUUUCUCUCUCUCUCUCUCUCUCUCUCUCUCUCUCUCUCUCAAUCGCUGAAACAGAGAUCGAUGGACGGGAGGAGAGCUGCCGGAGGCGGAGGUGGCGGGGGCGGCGGAGGUGGUGGUGGAAGGAAGAAUGAUCAAAGGCCUUACAAAGGAAUAAGGAUGAGAAAGUGGGGAAAGUGGGUGGCGGAAAUUAGGGAACCGAAUAAGCGGUCAAGGAUUUGGUUAGGUUCGUAUUCCACCCCUGUUGCGGCGGCGAGAGCGUACGACACCGCCGUGUACUACCUCCGUGGGCCGUCGGCGAGGCUGAAUUUCCCGGAAUUGUUGGCUUCCGAUGGGGUUUUGGGGGAGUUGUCGGCGGCGUCGAUACGGAAGAAAGCGAUUGAGGUUGGGGCGAGAGUGGAUGCAGAGACGAGUUGUACGUCGUUGCAUAUGGGUGGUACGCGAGAGCACCGUGAACCGACUUCUGAAUUGAAGCCUUGUUGGUUUCAGGAGAAACCCGACUUGAAUAAGAAACCCGAACCCGAAGACCCGGAGGGAGAUUAUUGGUGAGAAUGACGAUGAUGACCUUUUUGGUUUUGUAGGGAUUUAUAAGAGUUGGAGGGUAAUUCAGUAAUUCACUUAAGGUCCCCCGGGUAAUUUGGAGCAAGAAAGUAUUUUUAUUUUUAUUUUUAUUUUUUUUAAUUUUAUGUAUUAUCUAUUUCUAUCUUGGAAACAGAUGAAACAAGUUUUGAUGUUUACAAGGAAAAUAAUGUACAUACGAUGUUGUUGUUCUUCACGUUUUCGCC